CCUUCUGGAAUCGUUUCCUAUUAUAAAAUCAUUUUCACAGUCAAUACUUGGUAUGUCCACAGAUUUCUAGGUUCCAUGGCAAUAGCUUCUAGCAUUCCUCUUGUAUUCUCAGUCCAACGCCGCAAACCCGAGCUUCUGGCUCCAACCAAGCCCACACCACAUGAACAUAAACUUCUAUCUGACAUUGAUGAUCAAGCGGCUCUUCGCUUCCAAGUUCCAUUUAUCCAAUUUUAUAAGGACGAUCCCUCCAUGCAAGGAAAAGACCCAGCCGAGGUUAUUAGGGAGGCACUUGCAAAUGCCUAGUAUUUUAUUAUCCAUUUGCAGGUAGAUUAAGGGAAGGGGCUAAUGGUAAGCUCAUAGUGGAUUGCACCGGUGAGGGUGUGAUAUUUAUAAAAGCCGAUGUCGAUGUUACUUGAACAAUUUGGCAAUGCACUUCAUCCGCCAUUCCCUUGCUUUGAUGAGCUCCUUUACGAUGUUCCUGGCUCUGAAGGGAUGCUUAAUUGCCCACAUAACACGAUUAAAAUGUGGUGGUUUCAUUGUCGCUAUCCGCUUUAACCAUAUAAUAUGUGAUGGCAUAGGCCUAAAACAAUUCAUGUCUACCUUAAGCGAAAUGGCACGAGGUGCAACUGCAUGCUCCAUCUCACCUAUUUGGGAAAGACAUCUCUUAGAUGCUGGAGAUCCACCCCGAGUCACAUUCCAUCACCAUGAGUAUGAUGAAGUAGAACCCACCACCACCUCUAGGCCAUUGGAUAACUUGGUUCAACGUUCUUUUUUCUUUGGCCCUGUGGAAGUUUCAACUCUUCGUAGUCUCCUCCCACUCCACCUUUGUCAUUGCACCACCAAGUUCGAACUCCUAACAGCUUGCUUAUGGUGUUGUCGAACCAUUGCUCUAAAUCUUAACCCCAAUGAAAAGGUACGCAUGCUAUGCGUCGGAAACUUACGUUCCAAAUUCAAUCCUUCAUUGCCAUUGGGAUAUUAUGGGAAUGCCAUUGUCUUUCCAGCAGUAAUAACAACAGUUAGAAAUCUUCUCCAUAAUCCAUUAGGGUAUACAGUGGAACUAUUGAAGCAAGCCAAAGCAAGCAUGACAAAGGAAUAUGCCAAAUCAGUGGCAGCUUUAAUGGUGCUUAGGGCUAAACAACUUAAUUUCACAGUAGUUGUUGGAUCUUUUGUUGUAUCUGAUUUAACAAAAAUAGGAUUCGAAGACAUCGAUUUUGGAUGGGGUAAGGCAGUGUUUGCAGGGGAAGCAAAAGCUGUUGGGGUGAUAAGCUUUUUCGUAUCAACCAAGAGCAAGAAAGGAGAAGUUGGAACUUCAGUACCUAUUUGUUUGCCAGCUCCAGCCAUGGAAAGAUUUGAGAAGGAAUUGGACAACAUGUUGAAAGGCCAUCCAAUUCAAGUUUUGUCACGUGCCACGGGAGACUAAUAGAUUUGCAGAUGUUCCCGUGGAAGUGGAUCGAGAGAUGAUGUUAAUGGCUUGGUGGUGAUAUCAGCCAUUGUUUAUCUCGUGUUUUUUUUUUUUUUUGUACAUGGUCUAGUGGUUUGCGUUGGAACUUUUCAUGGCCAGGCCGAGUCGAAAGCUCGCUCGAAAUGUAGAAAGGUUUGGAUAUUUUUGGCCCAGACUUGGCCCGAAUUCACUAAAAGAUAAUUUUUUUUGUUUUUAAUAUUAUUUUCUUAUUUUUUUCCCUAUUUUACUACCAUUUUAUUAUUAUAUUGUUACUAUUUUGUUAUUAUUUUUUGGAUAUUGUAUAAAACUUAUUUUAUUGUUAA